AUGGGAGGAGCUGACGUCUCCUGAAAACACCUCGAGCACUGUUGCUCGCUCUGAAAUGUUACUUACUGUAACACCGACUCAGUGCGCUGGGAAAGUUUACUAACGAGACUGUCACUUUAUUUCCGAACAUGAGCAGAAGACUCGUUUAGGUUUGUCCUUCGUCACUACCGAUAUCUUUAACGCCCUGUUUGGGAUUUAUUUGGAGACGUGAAGCCAUUGUCUAGAUGGAAGAAGAACAGCCGCUGCUGACUGGCAGCAUUAACCAGGGCUCGGGUGAUUAUGGAGCUCAUGAUAAUGGUCAACUUGAUCAACAUGAAGAAUCACCAGGAUCAAGACGACUGUCCUAUUCAGCUACAGACGAUUCGUACCGUGUGCUCGAGGAUGCAGAUGCAGACCUCUAUAUCCAGCAGGCAGUUGUAUUUAUUGAAGAUGCAAUUCAGUAUCGAUCCAUCAAUCACAGGGUUGAUUCUGGGUCCUUGCAGUUAUAUAGAUGGUAUUAUUCCAAAAUAUGUCAGUGGGGUCUGGGGUUCACUAUUGCCGUUGUACUGGCCCUAGCCUUCAUUGAGACACCCUCCUCUCUGACCUACACCUCGGACAUUCGUUUCAAACCCAAGCCCUGGGAGCCACCCUGUGGACUGACGGAGGGGAUUGAGGUGGUCUGCCUUUGUAUCUUCAUCCUAGAUUUCACUGUGAAGAGUUAUCUGAUAGGAUGGGAGGAGUUUCGUAUGAACAAAUGGCUGAUUGGGUAUAUAGUAGUGAUUACAGCAUCAUUUAUUGAUUGGAUGUUGAGUGUUAGCAUGGCGUGCAAUGAGAAUUUAAGAGUCAGGAGACUAAUUCGACCAUUUUUCCUCUUGCAAAACUCCUCCCUGAUGAAGAAAACUCUAAAAUGUAUCAAAAAGACUCUUCCAGAAAUAGCAAGUGUUAUCCUGCUUUUGGCAUUACACCUCUGCUUAUUCACCAUGAUUGGAAUGCUGAUCUUUUCCAAAUCAGAUGACCCUAAGAAGAAUGGAGAAUGGGAAACCUACUUCAAAAACCUGCCAAAGUCCCUGUCUUCUCUGCUAGUGCUGCUAACAACAGCCAAUAACCCUGACGUCAUGAUUCCAGCAUACUCUCUGAACCGUGGCUAUUCUAUAUUUUUUAUACUCUUUAGUGUGUUUGGAACGUAUUUGUUAAUGAAUCUAAUGACGGCUAUUAUUUAUAACCAGUUCAGGGGAUAUUUACUGAUGUCGGUUCAGACGUCUAUAAUCAGGAGGCGUCUGGGUAUUCGGGCUGCUUUCGAGGUGCUGUGCUGUCCAGGCCGAGGGCACACUAGCACUCAGUCUGAAGGCCAUGUGGAGCGAGUGGCGGUGAACAUGUUUCUUCAGGUCAUGGAUAGAGUCCACGUGAAGUCUUACUGCAGACAGGCUAUCAUUAAGGCUGCUCAGCAGUUCCCAGACGGUUUCAUUAAUGGCGAGGCCUUCCAGAGGCUUUUUAAUGAGCUGGAUAAGGAUUUUAUGAAAGAGCAUCCACCAAAACCAGAGUACAGUUCUCCUGUCCUACAGCUUAUCCAGUAUAUCUACAGUCACUUUUAUAUUACUGUACUGGGGAACGUUGUUGCUCUGGCUAAUGUCAUCUGUAUCUGUACUAUCUUGGUUCUGAAUUCAGAGAAAUCUGCCUCAGAGAAAAAUAACUUCUAUAUGGAGAUCCUCAACUGUAUUUUCAUCCUGUACUAUUUAAUAGAGAUGCUGCUGAAAAUAGUGGCUUUUGGUUGGAGAGGUUACCUGUCUUACAGGAAUAACAUUUUUGAUGGAUUCCUCACUGUUCUUCUUCUGGCAAUUCAGAUUGCCAUAUUCAUCACGUACAGGAUUCCAUAUGAGGACGUGGAUCCGGUUCCACAACAUGUGAUGGCUUUGUGGGAGAUGGUGCGACUGGUCAAUAUGUUGAUUGUUUUCCGUUUCCUCAGGAUAAUUCCAGAAAUCAAGUUGAUGGCCGUGGUGGCCAGCACUCUUGUGGACCUGGUGAAAAACUUGCGGGCAUUUGCUGGCAUUCUAUUGGUGGUGUACUAUGUGUUUGCAGUUCUUGGUACCUGGCUUUUCCAGGGAGCUAUAACCCCUCCAUCAAACAUGAGUCUAAUCUCCGACUCCAGCACAGAGAACAAAACGGGGGGUCCCUUCAGCAUGGAUUGUGGCACUUUUGAACAGCUGGAGUACUGGCCAAACAACUUUGAUGAUUUUGCUUCCUCUCUGGUUCUGCUCUAUAACAUCAUGGUGGUGAAUAACUGGCACGUUUUCACGGACGCAUACACCAGAUACACUACGGAGUGGUCCUUGGUGUAUUUUGUGGCCUGGUGGUUGACAUCUUCAGUCAUGUGGGUCAACCUAUUUGUGGCACUCAUUUUGGAGAACUUCACCUAUAAGUGGGACCGCAGUAACGCUCUCUCUGUUGAGGAUGUGGAGAGAAUUGCCUAUCAAAGCACUGUGCAGCUUAUGUUCAGAGAGCACGUCCAAGAGCCGACAGAAGAAGAGUUACUAGCUCAAUUACAACAACAUCCUCAUCUGCACCUCUCCUGGUGACCCUAAACUCAUCCCCCCUCACCUCCACCUCACGGGACGUCUUUAAUACAUAAUUACACCAAAACACCCAGAAUCCUUCAGGACUCCAUCACGUCUGUGUAGGCCUUAUGUUUACAUAUCCAUCCAUUUUGGAGGGCCUGUUUCCCAUUAUAGGAUCUGUGUUGCUUCAGGUCUGCCUGGGAAAGGAUGUAUGUGUUUUUAACAGAACGUCACACUGUUUGGAGGAACUUCAAUUUAUAAAGAGGCUUUAGCUCAAGUCACUCUUGCUGCUGGAGUCAAAAGUUUUUGUUGUAUGCUCAAGACAACCUGUACAUUUCAGUAGUGUUCAUGAUGAAGUAUCAGUACCAAAGUUUUUGAUUUACGCUAAUGUCUGGAAGGAAUUCAUUCUUUGAGUUCGUUUUUUUUUUUUUUUUUUUUUGAGAAACCAAACACAUUUUUGUCCUGCGUUUUAUGAUAUCAAUAUUUGUAUUUAUUUCUGUAAGCCUGUUACAAUAUAAAAAAAAUGAAACAAUCUAUAGAUUGUUUUAAAAGUAAUGGAAACAAAGGGACAUAACUCAUUGCUGUGUUAAAUAUUUUUAGCUGUGUUUUAUUAAUUUGUAGAUUCUAUAUUUUUGACUGCCAUUAUGUCUGUUCAGUGCUUUUAUUCAUGUUAGAUUGUUACUGUAUAUUUUACAGAAGUUUUUAUGGGUGAAUCUCUCAAAAACUGUCAAGAAAUGUUCAGAUCAUAUUUCACCCAGAAAAUAAACUAGGAAAGGAAAUGGAUUCCUUUUACUGUAAUGUGAAAAAUAUAUAUUAUUAAUAUAUAAUACAGUUUAAUUAAAUCAGUUAUUGCUUCCUGACAGGAGGAUUGAGAAGUGUUUUGUAUUAUAGUCAAUAAACAAAGCAAGUAACAUUUUGAAUUACGUUGUCACAAUGUGAAAAAAAAUAAAUAAAUCUUCAAAUCUGAGUUUGUACCAAAUUUGUAUUCAAAUCUCAAUGGUACAAACUGGGUUUAAUUUCCUCUUGAUGCAAAAGCAUAUUUUUACUUUGGAUUUUGGGUGUAAUUUGACCCAGCCUGUUCGUCAGUAAAUUUCAGUGAGCUUAUCCAGUGUCAUUAUUGGGAUAUCUUUCAUGUUUUCAAUGUUAUCAACAGAUGGUGUUUUGUUGUAAUCGAUACAUUUGACUGAAUAUUGGUAUAAAUGGUUGAAUUAAACCACUAUAUUGUGUUCUUUCUGGUCUGAGAGCAACUUGUUGAUUAAAUGUCUUAAAUGUC